AUUAGAUGGGGCUUGACCUCUGCUGGGCAGCCCCCAGCUGUAAGAGUUCCUGUCCUGAGCAAAGAAGAUGACUGCACAACUGAGAGAGGCCAUGGCCCUAGCCCCCUGGGGCUCAGUGACAGUGAAAAAGGAGGAGGAAGAGGAAGAAAACUUCCUGGGUCAGGCAUCCAGCCAACAAGUGCACUCUGAGAACACCAAAGUCUGGGCUCCUGGGGAAGGUCCUCAGACAGGCCUUGAUAUAUCAGAACAGGAGGAAAAGAGUCCAAACAUGUUCUGGGAUAUGGCUGUCAUCCUGAAAGCAACACAGGAGGCACCUGCUGCCUCAGCCAUUGGCAGCUACUCAUUACCAGGGACUCUGGCCAAGAGUGAGAUACUGGAGACUCAUGGGAUUAUGACCUCUCUAGGUGCUGAAACCAAGAAGCCACAGUUACUGGUUCCAAAAACUGAGAUACGUGAUGAAGCAGAAAAACCGUUCAUAAAAUCAGGAAGAAUCCAGAAAGUUAAUCCUCAAGGACCUGAGUUAGGAGAAGCCUGUGAAAAAGGGAACAUGUUAAAGAGGCAGACAAUUAAGAGGGAAAAGAAAGAUUUCAGACAUGUGACAGUAAAGGACUGUCAUGUACCUGAAAGCUUCAAAGUAGAGGAAGAUCAGAAAUGUCAGAAAUCUGGGGAAAGAUAUAGCUUUAGUUCUAGCUCUGUUAAAAAUCAGAAAAGCCAGCCUGGACAGAAACCUUUUACAUGUAGUGUAUGUGGGAAAGGCUUUAGUCAGAGUGCAAACCUCGUAGUGCAUCAGCGAAUCCACACAGGGGAGAAGCCCUUCGAAUGUCAUGAGUGUGGGAAAGCCUUCAUUCAGAGUGCAAACCUUGUUGUACAUCAGCGAAUCCACACUGGACAGAAACCAUAUGUUUGUUCAAAAUGUGGGAAAGCCUUCACUCAGAGUUCAAAUCUGACCGUACAUCAAAAAAUCCACUCCUUAGAAAAAACCUUUAAGUGCAGUGAAUGUGAGAAAGCCUUCAGUUAUAGCUCACAACUUGCUCGGCACCAGAAAGUUCACAUUACAGAAAAAUGCUAUGAAUGUAAUGAGUGUGGGAAAACAUUUACUCGGAGCUCAAACCUCAUUGUCCACCAGAGGAUCCACACUGGGGAGAAGCCCUUUGCCUGUAAUGAUUGUGGCAAAGCCUUCACCCAGAGUGCAAAUCUUAUUGUACAUCAACGAAGCCAUACUGGUGAAAAGCCAUAUGAGUGUAAAGAGUGUGGAAAAGCCUUUAGUUGUUUUUCACACCUUAUUGUGCACCAGAGAAUUCACACUGCGGAGAAACCUUACGAUUGCAGUGAGUGUGGAAAAGCCUUCAGUCAGCUGUCUUGCCUUAUUGUGCAUCAGAGGAUUCACAGUGGAGAUCUUCCUUAUGUGUGUAAUGAGUGUGGGAAGGCCUUCACGUGUAGCUCAUACCUGCUUAUUCAUCAGAGAAUUCAUAAUGGGGAAAAACCUUACACAUGCAAUGAAUGUGGCAAGGCCUUCCGGCAGAGGUCAAGCCUCACUGUGCACCAGAGAACCCACACUGGGGAGAAGCCCUAUGAGUGUGCCAAGUGUGGUGCAGCUUUCAUUUCUAACUCGCACCUCAUGCGACACCACAGAACCCAUCUUGUUGAGUAACAAGUAUUUGUUACUCCAGACAUUGAUCAUAAUCCACU